AUGCUUGAAAUGACCCACAAGACCUUCUACCUGUUCCUCGGGCGCGUUCACUCUCCAGGCCAGCAAGUGCUUCACAAAGUCUUUGACAUACGGCGGGGGGAGUUACUACUGGCUCGUGAGAUUGCCUUGCCACGUCUAACCGACGAUGCCCUCAAGGCUUACCGAGAUGCAGCCCCAGAUGCACUGCGAGACAUAGACGACAUGGAACUGAUAAACAUCGUCAAGAAUAAGAGCUCGGUGUUUCUUAUCUUUCAGCUAAGUUGCGCAGAUGUUGACCGCCUGUUUGGGAUUAGGAUCCGCGCAGAAAAACCUGUCCCAGAGCAAACGGUAUACGACAUGAUUGCAGAAGUCACAAAUAUCAUGUGCUUUGAGCAGACAGCAGUGUCUCUUUUGAUGCAAGAGACCAUCAAUCUUAGUACCAUUCCAUCAACAGUCUCCACCAUUUCUGCAUGUACCUCCGUCACUGACGAGGGAAAGGUUCUCUUUGCAGUCGGACUACUUGCGCUUUGUCUGAUGACUGUUACCCCUUUUGCCGACACGCCAAAGCGCAUCCACCAUCUCAUCCUUGACCUUAUCGAGUAUGAGUUUACUCUUGAGAGUAACCUGUACUCCGAUGCACUAGUAGACAUGGUGACACGAAUGUGUAUUAUUGCAGGACCUUGUGCACCACUCGACGGCCUUCCGAUAGCCUUUAAUGAAAUAGUUACAAUUCCCAUCAUAUCACGCUUUAUUAAGGACAUUGACGACUACUGUAAGGUGGAACCUGAAGCAGGGCAGGUACCAGCGCCUACAGCGGCUUCUUUUUCUUCUUCUUCUGUGGAGAUUGGUAUCCAGUUAAUGCCGUGCAAUGGAUAUGACAAUUCCAUAACAAAUAGUGUUGCUGAUAAAAUAAUAGACAAUAGCUCCAACCAUACACUGCCUGGAGCCCCGGGGCAUGAGGAACCAAAUGAUACUGUGAGCUUACUUUUAGAGCACGGCCCAACGGGUAUACAUGAACGCUUAGUGGAGAAUGAUGUGGUCUUGCCAUCAGUGCAUAGAACUGGGCUAGAUAUCAAGGCUUGCCAGGAUACUCCCAUUGAGGUGGAAAAUAAAGAUGUAUCUAAUGAGUACAGUCCAAAGCAUAUGCAUACGGGUGUACCGUAUGCAAGCUCUAAUUGUGACUACGCCAAGCAUGAGCCAGAACUCUAUGACGCAGAUGAGCAAACCAUGCCCCUCAGAUCAACAUCUGCACGCUUAAAAACGUAUAGUACAAAUACGGACACUCAUGUAAGGAAUAGAGUAGUAGAUAUUGUCACCACAGGAUACCUGGCAGCAGAAUCGUCCAGAGGAAGGGGACGUUGUAAGUCAGUAAGCUUUAAGAGUAAGAGGCAGGAUGAUUGCAGUAUAGAUCCGUCUGACAUAACCCUUAUUGCCAGAAGAGAAUAUAUUAGAUAUUAUUAA